GUGAGAAACGCGCUUUACGUGGGACACUACGUUUCGGUUUCGAUUAGGGUGCCGCGGCGAGGUACCAUGUGCCAGAUUUUGCACCCUCUUUAUUGCGCAUGCAUGCACAGAGGAAGUCAUCGACCGGACAUCACAGCUUCGAAAAUGUCGCACCUUUAUCAGCAAACGAUCGAAGCUUUGAUAUACUCGGGAAGAUACGAUGAUUCCCCGGAUUUUACAGUAGUGUUGCAGCCAUUUAUUAAAUUAUUCAAUGCACCAAAUGCAGACCCGAAGCGAGCACCGCCGAUCGACCCUGCUUUGGUCACGUACGAUUGCUUUCACUUCAGUCAGAAGGGUCACGCAUUAGGAGCGAAUUUGUUGUGGAACAACAUGUUCGAACCAGUUGGAAAUAAAACGGAACGGGGACUGCCAGAGGUAUUCGAGAGACUAUUGUGUCCGAACGAGAACGCGCCAUACAUCUUCACGAACGUCAACUCGAGACGGUUUCGAAUGACAGGGCGCCAAGAUGGUAUCACCGUGGCUAGACGACGAGCACGGGGAACCGACUGAUAGCGACGGCGCUCUCACACUUAUGUGAUAAUAACUACCAAUACGUAUGAACAAUGAUGAAUCCACCGGGUCAGUGGAAAAUUUCACAAGCGAUCUUGAUUGUCAAGAAUGAACUUGGUGCAUCAUGCACGUUUUAGAAAACGAUGAUAUAGGUUCCAUAGUCCUCUCGACUGAUAAAAAUUAUGUCCGUGGAACUUUGGAACAAAAUUAAACGAAAAACAAACGUU